UACCUACAAAAACACACAUCUGCGCAAGGUUUGUGCAAACAUGACACAGCGUGACGCAACACAAACAACAAGACCAAAACAGGAACCGAUUUACAUUUGAAAAUUCGACUUGCAAAUUUUUUCUAAAAGAAAAUAAAACGUAAUCUUUCUAACUACAUAUGCGAACCCUGUAAAUAAUUACUUUUUUGAGUGGCAAUGAUCCACGAAGUGACUUUAGCGCAUUGUACUCGCCAAAUUAUACAAAUCUAAACAAGCGUAUGAGUUUUUAAAGCACAAUUUAUUUAUUUUAGGAUAUGCAAACGACCUUCCGUUAUUUUACGUGUGCAAUGCAGUCAUUGUUUUUAAAGGACAUAAUUGUUUAUGAACUGCACAUGUGCAGCAAGUCAAUGCGUUUAUAUCUAUGGGCUGAACAACAUUUCCAUAUAUAGACUUCGGCGCUGGAGGAUGAAGCACCUGAAUAACAACAGCCGCAGCGCCACUGAUCACAGGACAGCAGACAUGACAUCGCCGGAGCAGAUUAUAGAGAUUGUCACGGAUGAAAAAAUUUAUAAUGUGAGUAAAAGCAAACUGAUCGAGAAGAGCGAUUACUUCCGCGCGCUGUACAGCUCAGGGAUGCGCGAGUCCGCGGAGGAUUCGGUGCAGCUGCAGGGACUGAGCGGACCGGGACUCGAGCUCGUGUUGGAGUUUAUCAACACAUCCAAAGUUCAAGUGGCCAACGAAACACUGGAGGAUCUCAUCGAAACAGCAUCGUUUCUGCAAGUCACGUCAAUUUUGAAACUGCUCCUAUCGGAAGUCAGACAAGAUAACUGUGUGGAGCUCUUCAAACUCUCUGAAGUGUACGGGACACAUGAUCUGAGAAAUGCAUGCUUGAGAUUUAUGAGCUGCUAUUACCAUCCGAUGCUGCGCAGGCCGGAUUUUUGGAUGUUGCCAGCUCCUCUCCGGGAUCAAAUCAGAGACAUGCGCAUGAAAGGCACAGCCACUUUAGUUGCAUUAGGGGACUUCACUGAUACCUGUCUAGAUCUGGCCAAUCAGGAUGAACCGUGGUCCAUGUUGAGGUAUAAUGAACUAGAGCAACGCUGGAAACCUCUGGCCAACAAUCUUCCUCCGGACAUGAUCAAUGUCAGAGGUUAUGGAUCUGCUGUUCUGGACAACUACCUGUUCAUUGUUGGCGGGUACAGAAUGACAAGUCAAGAGAUAUCUGUUGCCCACUGCUACAACCCCUGCAAGAAUGAGUGGACACAUGUUGCACCUUUGAACCAGAAGAGAUCCAACUUCAAGCUCUUGGCCGUAAGUGGGAAACUGUAUGCAGUUGGAGGCCAUUGUCUGGGUACAGUUGAGUGUUACAGUCCUGAGCAGGACUGGUGGACGUGUGUGGCCUCUCUACCUGACCCUCUGGCUGAGUUCUCUGCCUGUGAGUGUCAGGGCAUGAUCUACGUCAUGGGCGGUUAUACCUCCGGAGAUAGGAACACCAGUGUGCUGCGCUACUGCCCCGCCUCGGACACAUGGUCCGUGUUCCAUUCCUGCUCCGCUCAUGUGCGCAAACAGCAGAUGCUCUCAGUGGAGGACACUAUCUAUCUGGUGGGUGGCUAUACGCACGAGCUAGAACCUGCCGAAAUGGGUCGGCGAAGGACGAACCAGACAGAGGACAUGCUGACUGUACAGUCCUACAAUGUACAGACUGGUGAAUGGUUGCAACUUAAGGAGAACACAUCCAAGUCAGGCCUGAACCUUACCUGCACAUUGCACAACGAUGGCAUUUACAUCAUGAGCAGAGACGUCAGUCUUCCCACCAGUCUAGAGCAUCGUGUCUUCCUCAAAUACAAUAUUUUCUCAGAUGCCUGGGAGGCUUUUAGACGUUUCCCCGCAUUAGGACAGAACAUGCUGCUUUGCUCUCUCUACCUGCCCAAUGUUCUAUGAGCUGAGCUCACGCUCGGCAUCUGGAGAGAGAGAGACUUCUGGGAAACACAGAUUCUUCAUUGUCAUACUCAUUGGUCAGAAUGAUCAGCCAGCACAAAGAGGCUCACUGCAGGAGACAUAAAAUGAUUACUGCAAAAUAAAGAUCAACAACUUGACUUUGAUCAAUGAAAUCAUUUGAUAAAGAAGGCCUUAAUAACAAGUUCUUGAGGGACCAUUGUACUCAAAAGCAGUGUUCGCAUUCAGUAUAUUUUCUUUACAUUGGGAGAGAGAGAACACUAAGAGAGUUGCACCAAACAUAUCCAACCUGCACAGUAUCUACUAAUGCCAGUGCAUGUACAAAACCUUAAUAAUAUAAAACUUGAAUAUACAUCAUAUUACUACUAAUAUAUCUGAUGCACAUGUGAUGGCUGCCAGCAUAAGGAAUCAAGAGUGAAAUGAGAACACUACAAAAUAUCUGCUUAAGCUAGAUAAACAACUUAACGUGAAGGUUUUAUGGGUAAUCAAGCCCGUGAAAGAGUCAUAAAAGGGAUAGUUUGCUCAAAACAUUUAAAUUCUAUCAUUAUUUACUCACUCAAAAUGUUUCAAACCUGUAUGACUUUCUUCUGUAGAACACAAAAGAAGAGGAUUUGCAGAAUGGUAGGGACUGACAGCCUUAGUUCUCAUUCACUUUCAGAGUAUGGGAAAGAGCAGUCAACGUUCUUCAAAAAUGUCUCAUCUUCUCUUCUACUGCAGUAAGGAAGUCAAACUGGUAUGGAAUGAAAGGAUGGUGUGUGUAUGAAGAUAUAUUUAAAAUGUUUUAGUGAACCAUCCCUUUAAGCUCCAGUUUGCCAGAAUAAAUUAAACCAUCAAUGAUGUAAAUAAUUGAAAAUCAUUUUAGUCCAAGACUAAGUGUAAUCUGUGCCUGGAAAGUCUUUGAUCUGGACUUAAUUACACUUUUAAAAGUAUAGUUCUCCCAAAAAGGAAAAUUCUCUCAUCAUUUACUCACCGUCAUGCCAUCCCAGAUGUGUCUGACUUUCACUUUCAGCUUAACACAAACAAAGAUUUUUAGAAGAAUAUCUCAGCUCUGUUGGUCCAUACAUUGCAAGUGAAUGGUGACCAAAAUGUUGGAGACUCCAGUGGUUUAAUCAAUAUCUUCUGAAGUGAUCUAGUUUAGGGUGAAAACAGACCAUAAUAUAACUCCUUUUUCACUAUAAAUCUUGACAGCAGUCUCCAUGGCAAACAUGAUUUCAAGCUUGAUUACACUUCCUAGUGCCAUCCAUGUGUCAAGCUGUAGGAAGUAUAAACGAGCUUGAAAUCAUGAUCCUGUCUAGAGACUGCAAUAGCAAGAUGUACUGUGAUAAACGUGUUAUAUUAUGGUCUGUUCUCACCCAAAGUCACUGAGAUUGCUUCAGAAGACAUGGAUUAAACCACUGGAGUCUUCUGGAUUACUUUAAAGUUUUGGUCACCAUUCACUUGCAUUGUAUGGACCUACAGAGCUGAAAUAUUCUUUUAAAAAUCUUUAUGUUUGUGUUCUACAGAAGAAAGUAAGAUCUGGGAUGACAUGAGGGUGAGUAAAUGAUGAGAGAAUUUUCAUUUUUAGGUGAACUUUUGCUUUUAUAGUGAUAAUUGAAUUAUGUCAUCCCAAAUAUAUCUGGGAAUGUGUCUUAAAAUGUGCUGCACAAAUGAAGCUCAACUGCAUAAACGCCUGACAUAAACUGCUAUUUUUCCAUUGAGUUUUAAGAGUGAGAUAAAUUAUCUUGACAUAAAAGGAGACUGCCUCUAUUUUGAGAAUUAUGUACUUCAUACUUAAGUUCUAUUAAAGUUUAUUUUUAUUUGUAUCCUCUUUUCUCCCAAUUUGGAAUGCCCAAUUCCCACUACUUACUAGGUCCUCAUGGUGGCGCAGUUACUCACCUCAAUCCAGGUGUUGGAGGACAAGUAAGUCUCAGUUGCCUCCGCUUCUGAGACAGUCAGUCCUUGCAUCUUAUCACAUGGCUCGUUGUGCAUGAGACCGCGGAGACUCAAAACAUGUGGAGACUCAUGCUACUCUCCUCGAACCACGCACAACUUACCACACGCUCAAUUGAGAGUGAGAACCACUAAAUGUAACCAUGAGGAGGUUACCCCAUGUGACUCUACCCUCCCUAGCAACCAGGCCAAUUUGGUUGCUUAGGAGACCUGGCUGGAGUCACUCAGCAUGCCCUGGAUUCUAACUCACGACUUCAGGGUUGGUAUUCAGCGUCAGUACUCGCUAAGCUACACAGGCCCCCAAAGUUUUGUUUUGUAACAUGAUGUAUUUUCAUAUGCUGAUCCAAAGUGGAUGAUAAUUGUAUUGAGCAUUCCCAGAGUUGCCUUGAAAAUGUAAACGAGUAGGUUUAAUAAAAAUGUUCAGGGAAGCAAAUAAAAGUUUUUUUUUUUAUGUGUCUGGUGUACAUUUACUGUACAUUUAUGAAUUUGGCAGAUGCUGGGGAUGUACCACAGC